CCCAAUUUCUCGACUCCGGAGCGUCUUCGUGCGGCCCGCCGCUUUUCUUUUCCUAUUCUUCGUUUCGGCCAAGAAGCAAACCGGUUCCAGCAACAGCGGUGUGCCCCGCCAACCGAAACCUCUGCGACCAGCGCUGGUGCGGCACACCGAAAGAAGGAGCGUGUGCCGAAGCGCGGCCGCGGGAAAGAGGUGACAGCGGCGGUCCAGCCGGCAGCGCACAAGACGGCAAGCCAGUCGCGACCGUGCUAAAACGCUUGUUUGAGCUGCCUUUGAACGUUUUUCUUCGCUCCUUUUUCCUCGCUUUUGUUUGCCGAGCUACGCGCCGCCUGGGUGGCCGUACCUGCGACGUCCUUGGAGAAGAGACCAUGUCCCCUCACGCGCAGAGCCGGAGUCGCGAGAACUUCGCGCUGUACCUGUACGCCGGCGUUCCGGUGACGCUGUUCGUCAUGUGCCUGAUUCUGCGCCGUCAGCGCAAGGAGGCCCAGCGGCGCUUCUUCGCCUGGAUCUACUCCAAGUACUACGCCGAACACAACGCGGCCAUCCUGGCACCCUUCAAGCGAAAACUGUUCUCCGACAUGGGAGAGAUCGAGUCCGACGACCCGACCCUGCAGGCGCGCGGCGCCAUCCGCAUCGUGGAGAUCGGCGUCGGCACGGGAACCAACUUGGCCUACUAUCCGACGGGCAGCAAGGUGAUCUCGGUGGAGCCGAACCCGUACUUCGAGAACAUCUUCAGGGAGAACCGCUGCGCCUUUCCCAACGUGGAGAUCGAGCGGUUCGUGAUAAGCGGCGCCGAGGAUAUGUCUUCCAUACCGUCCGACAGUGUGGAUUGCGUCGUGUCCACGCUGGUGCUUUGCUCCGUCGAGAACAUGGCAUUUGUGAUACGAGAGAUCAAGAGGAUCCUUGUCAGGGGUGGCUGCUUCUACUAUGUGGAACACAUUGGCUACAAGGAAGGCACGUGGUCGCGCCGCCUGCAGCAGCUUGUACAGCCGUUAUGGUCACUGGUCAGUGAUGGAUGCCAGUUGACCCGUGAUGUGCCACAGUACGUGGAGUUUCUCGGCUUCCGGGAGAAGUACGAGACAAUCCACUACCCACAUGAGAUGCCCUUCCUGGUACGGCCCACACUCGUUGGCAAGGCCAUCAAAUAGACAGCAUGGUUAUGUACUGCAUUGUUUGCAGAAUGGCAACGCAUCGCCUGUGUCAGGCCACAGCGAUUUGCGUGUAAACCGCAUUGCUUCUGCAGGACUCCAGAGUGCCACUGAAUCCCAUCGCCGUUCUAAGCAGUGCUGAAAUGUGCGGCCAAUACUGCGUCUGCAAUGCGAUUCCGACUUCACACUGUGUACCACAUUGAUUUCCCCUUCUCAUAAACUGUUUGAAUUGAGUGUAAUUCACGAUUGUAAUUUUGUUGACAAGACGGUUGAAGACCACUUCCACGGAACAAAAAAAGUAAUUAAAGAUUGGUGUGGCCGGUAUAGCAGACCGGGUGUCUAUUUCAAGCUCAUGCAUGGUCGUGCUUACUUCUUACUAUUUUGCGACCCUAAGAAUACCACAUCAUUUCCAAGGAAAAAAAAAAAAGAUGCUUCCAGAAAUACUAGCGAGUCAGUUUACCAUUCUCUGCCUAAUAGCAGGGGGCAUGUUGUGGAUGACCUGCAUAGCUAGAGCUCUGACAGUAUGGUGCGCUACUUUUGGUCACUGUUUUUGAGAGUAUGUGAGGCUUGUAAUAUUACAUCGUGUUGUGAGAGGUAUACAAAAUACAGUGUAGCUGAACAGUUUGCAUGUGAAGACUAAACUCUGCAUUUCACAUAAUUACAGAGGUGAACGCACACUUCAGCACAAAAUUCCUGCCGCUGCAAGCUAUUUAAAACAGACGACCUGCACUACGGUAUCUUUCCAAAUGCCAUACCAUGUUCACUUAGCUUCAACCUUACAGCUGUGUUACUUUGGUUUGUAGAUGCAUAUGUCAGUUACAGUUUACUAAAUGAAAAUGCAAUAUAGAUCAUAAGUGGAUUGCAUGGAAAUUAUUAAUGUGCAUUGUUUUGUUAUGAGUGCUAAGUAUGUGGUGUCUUAAGCGUCUGUUCUGAAGUGGUUUGUCAAUAUCCGUAUGCGUGAACCCGCAUUGAUGACUACCAAAGACAAACUACAUGCGAGUAAUUAUGAACAAUCUAUAGUGUGUUUUCAUCUGAAAGGUAAUUUUUACUAUUUAUGUAAAAUAGUACUUUAUAAUAUAUAAAUGCUUUGGACAUUUUCUGUUUAUGCAUUCCUUAUUUUAUAUUAACAAUUUAUAUGAACAAUAUUGGUCCACCAGGAUGAUAGCUGUGCUUUUGUCUAAAAGCUUGAGAACUAACAUGUGAUUCUCUGGUAGUGCAACUGCAUUGCACUUGGGGCGAAAUGUUAAAACAUAGUGCACAUUGAUUUGGGGACAUCUUGAACAAGGCCAGGUGGCCAAAGUUAAUCUGGCUUUGGUGUAUAAAAAAACUGGUUAGACAACAAUUACUAGCCUAGAGUAUUUGUAAAAUGUGUGUUUGAAAAUCUAGCUACCAAUGAAACAUCUUCAACAAACAGCAUUUUACUGAUUCAAUUUAUUGUACGUACCAACAAAUAAUAUCAUGAAAUGCAAGUACCCACAGAUGCUGGAUUGUAGUGCUCUGAAAAAAUGCUCUAAUUUAUAUUGAAUUUUGUAGAAGAACUUGACAAAUGAUAAAGCUUCAGAGAAAUAUGUGACCGAUUGUAACAAAGAUGUUUACUUUUACAAAGCAAGUAAACUAGCAGAGUGUUUCAAGAAUUUAGUGGCUGUGCAUGCCUACUGAAAAAAACCGUGGACUGUGUGCAUAAAGUGCACAGAACAUAGUAUCAUGUUCCUAUAUUUGUACAAUCUAGUAAACUUGUGCUUCAAAUGAUUUUAUUACAAAAGAGCACUGUAAUACAACGAAACAAAUGCUACAAUAAAAACACUUUUUUUAAU